AUGGCCUUCGCGAGUGUGGUCAGAGAAAGCCUUCAGAAUCUCUCCACAGGCUUGUUUCCAGAUCCAAGUCCCCACUCCCCUGAGGAGCAGAUGCCUGUGGAGCAGGAUCCUCCCGCAGUGUCCUCUCUGACACAGCACAGCCUGGACGCGCCGUCCCUGCAGCUCUGUCCCUGCAGAUUGGCGCAUCCUGAGGGAGGUGGUGGGGAGCAUCAGGCCCUGGCCUCAGGGGCCCCUGGCUCUGUCCUGAGCAAGAAGGCUGAGAGUCAGGGUGGGGACAUCCUCAAGGGUCACAGUGUCAGACCGACAGAUGCAGAUCCAGUGAGGAUUGCUCUAGGUGCAAACCCUGCACCUAGAGAGCCCAGCGCCCACACCAGACGGCCACCAGGAAACACAGUGCCCAUCCCCGACCUCCAAACCUCACUCUCCAAAGGAGGCUACUCUUCCUGUUUGGUUAGAAGUAUAUUAAAGGUUGAUGCCAUGGAAAGAAAAAAUACAAGUUUUCCCAGCACUUUUGUCCUGCUGGGCUUCUCGGAGUUUCCGUGGCUGGAGGUGCCCCUCUCUGCAGUGGUCCUGGUCUCCUACAUCCUCACCCUGAUGGGGAACAGCUCCAUCCUCCUCCUCUCCCUGCUGGACCCCAGACUCCACACGCCCAUGUACUUCUUCCUCGACAACCUCUCUCUGCUGGACCUCAGUCUCACAUGCACCAUUGUGCCCCAGCUGCUGGCCAACCUGUGGGGAACACAAAAGACAAUUGCUGCCUGGGGCUGCAUCACACAGGUCUAUAUGUUCACCUGGACAGCUUGCACAGAGUGCAUUCUACUGGCCGUGAUGGCCAUUGAUCGCUACGUGGCCAUCUGCCGGCCCCUCAGGUACACUCUCAUCAUGCGUCCCUGGGUGUGUGUGCAGAUGGCAGCUGCCUCCUGGUCCAGUGGCCUGGUGAAUGCUCUGCUCCAAGUCACACUCACCCUCCAGCUCCCCCUCUGUGGGCACCACAUCCUGGACCACUUCUUCUGCGAGGUGCCUGUGCUCAUCAAGCUGGCCUGCGGGGACACCACUGCCAAUGACCUGGCCCUCACCUUGAUGACCAUCCCAUUUGCAGUGGUGCCUGUACUGCUGGUGCUCGUCUCCUACACCUUAAUCACUAGGGCUGUCCUGAAGCUACCUUCUGCAGAAGGCAGGCACAAUGCGCUCAGCACCUGCAGUUCCCACUUGCUGGUGGUCACCCUGUACUUUGGGCCAGGUACCUACUUGUACUUCCAGCCUUCAGUCAAGAGUUCCCAGGCCAAGUUCAUAUCCUUUUUCUACUGUGCUAUCACCCCACUGCUCAACCCACUCAUCUACACUCUGAGAAACAAGGACGUGAAGACAGCGUGGAAGAGGAUGCUGCAAUCCCAGGGCUGGCUGAAGUCUUUAAAGGCCAGAAGACCUCCGCCUGUCUUCUGA